CAUUCUCCUUUCGACUCUGACUCGAGAAAUAACCUGAAAAUGUCUGGACGUGGAAAGACCGGAGCCGGAAAGGCCAGAGCAAAGGCAAAGAGCCGUUCAUCCCGUGCUGGACUCCAGUUCCCCGUCGGCCGUGUCCACAGGCUGCUGAGGAAGGGAAACUACGCUCAGCGUGUCGGUGCCGGAGCUCCGGUGUACCUGGCCGCCGUGCUGGAGUACCUCACCGCUGAGAUCCUGGAGUUGGCCGGAAACGCCGCCCGUGACAACAAGAAGACCAGAAUCAUCCCCCGCCAUCUGCAGCUGGCCGUCCGCAACGACGAGGAGUUGAACAAACUGCUCGGUGGAGUCACCAUCGCUCAGGGAGGCGUCCUGCCCAACAUCCAGGCCGUCCUGCUGCCCAAGAAGACCGAGAAGGUCGCCAAGAAGUAAAUACCCGGAUCCGACUUGAACACAACACAACGGCUCUUUUAAGAGCCACACACUCCUAACUAACGAGACAGUUCCUCUUGAUUAUCAGUGACUAUUACUGAAAGUUAUCAAUGAUAUGAAUAACAGCCACUAUAUAUAAAUACUUUAUUUAU